UAUUGGCUUGAGUAGCCCCAGCGACACUGAACCGUAGAUAAAACGAUAUCUUUCGACUACUGGAAAUACGUACUGGAAGCGUGCUUAUAAAUAAGCGCACAUCAAAAGCGUCGUUCCAGUACUCCGGACGAGUCGCCACGCCAGUUGACUUCUUGCUACCAAAUCAUGUCCAGCACCGAAGAAAAUCUGAAGGUGGUUGCAGUUGAAGUGAGGGAUAUUCGUUUUCCCACUUCUUUGCAAUCCGAUGGAUCCGAUGCCAUGCACACCGAUCCCGAUUAUUCUUGUGCUUAUGUCACCAUCAGGCUCGCUUCUGGACUGGAAGGAAACGGACUAACUUUCACCAAUGGGAGAGGAACGGAAAUUGUCGUACAAGCAGUGAAGUCAUUGAGCUACAUCGUGGUGGGCAAAAUCGUGACUGAGAUCUACAAGGACUUUGCCACCUUCUGGAGAUCGGUGACUAGCGAGGGACAGAUCCGAUGGAUUGGUCCUGAAAAAGGUGUAACGCACUUGGCAACAGCAGCCAUCAUCAACGCCUUGUGGGACCUGUGGGGCAAAUUGGUGAAGAAACCAGUUUGGCACUUGUUGGCCGAUCUGGAGCCGGAAGUGCUCCUCUCCGUGAUUGACUUUAGAUAUGUGACCAACUGCGUCACCAAAGCGGAAGCUUUGCAGCUGCUCAAGCAGGGCCAAGUCGGGAAGGAGGAGCGGAUAAAAAAACUACUCCAAACCGGAUACCCAUGCUACACUACCCAAGCAGGUUGGUUGGGAUAUCCAGACGAAAAGAUCAGAGAACUGGCUCAGAAAUACCUGGAUAUGGGCUACACAGUCUUCAAAGUGAAGGUGGGCAAGAAUCUGCAGGAUGACAUCAAAAGAUGCAAGUUGCUCAGGGAAAUUAUCGGCUACGACAGAACUUUGAUGGUGGACGCUAACCAGGUGUGGGAGGUUCAAGAAGCCAUCGACUGGAUGAAAGAGCUGGCACAGUUCAAGCCAUUAUGGAUCGAGGAGCCCACCAGCCCUGAUGAUGUUUUGGGACAUGCGGAGAUCGCCCGGGCUCUGAAACCGCUCGGAAUUGCCGUCGCUACCGGAGAAAUGUGCUGUAACCGAGUACUCUUUAAGCAGUUUAUGCAAGCCCAAGCUCUAGAGUACUGCCAAAUUGAUUCUGCUCGUAUCGGUGGAAUUAACGAGAUCUUGAGCGUGUACUUGAUGGCCAAGAAGUUAGGAGUAAAAGUAUGCCCACAUGCUGGAGGCGUCGGCCUGUGCGAAAUGGUGCAACACUUGCAAAUGUGGGACUUUGUGGCUCUUUCGGGUACCAGCGAAGGACGCGUGGUGGAAUUCGUCGACCAGCAACACGAACACUUUGUUAAUCCGUGCAUUAUCAAAAACGCGCACUACACAGCACCUUCUGCUCCUGGUUACAGCACCACUAUGAAACCAGAGUCCAUCGCCGCCUACGAGUACCCUAAUGGAUCGGAGUGGCAGUCUUUGUUCGCAAAGGGUUUGUUCCAGGAUCCCAAAAAGUAGGCUGGUUUUUUCCUGCCCUCCUAGACGGGGACAAUUUUUUCUUGAAGGUGUCUUAUUGGAAGUGCUGCUAGUUAAGUGUAAAUAAAGACAGGAUGUCUGCCAAUAAA